ACACGCCUAGGAGUCGAGAUUAUCAUGCCUACAUGUGUCACUGUCAAAAACUAUGCUUGUAUUAUCAACAAAAGUUGCUUCCGUCCCCUCAACUUUCUAAUUUAUUUUUAAAUAAUUUUAUUUCCUCUCCUGAUUUAUAAUUAUGGCGCGCUACUUCAAAGAGCAAGAUAUUGACGAAUUCCGCGAAUGCUUCUACCUGUUCGCUCGUUCUGGGCAGAUCACAUCUCUGGAUGAGCUGACCGUCGUGAUGCGGUCCCUCGGCAUGAGCCCGACAAUACAGGAACUCACAGGUUAUUUAAAAGGAAAAGGUGGCAAAAUGUCGUUUGCCGAUUUUUUGGAAGUGAUGCACAUCCACUCGCGCGCCGAAAACCUGCCCAGUGAGGUGGUGAACGCGUUCCAAGCUGGGGACGUUGAGAAGAAGGGCGUGAUCCCAGCGCGGCAGCUCCGGAACCUGCUGCAAAAGUGGGGAGAGGGGCUCUCGGCCAGGGAGGUUGACAACAUAUUCCGCGAAGCUAAUGUGUCAAACAACGGCACAGUGCGGUAUGAGGACUUCGUGAAGAUUGCGUGUGCGCCGGUCCCCGACUAUUACUAGCGGUAUUCCCAUGAGCAAUAAACUUUUAAGUUUCCAGUGCAAAAAAAAUAUCUUUGAAACAAAAUGACAUUCAAGAUAAAAAAUAUUAAAUUCAAAUUCAUUCAAAAAAAAAGAAAAAA